CUUGCCCGCCAGAGACCGCCUAUGGAGGACGCACAACCGGACCCCACGCAGUUCGCCGCGCACUCUCUGCCCAGGGACCCCAGGCUCUUGGCCACAGUGACCAACGCAUACCUGGGCACACGUGUGUACCAUGACACUCUGCACGUGAGCGGCGUGUACAACGGGACCAGGGGCAACACACACCGGGCAAUCCUGCCCAGCCCCCUCAACGUGCGGCUGGAAGCCCCUGCAGGGACAGGAGACCAGCUGACUGAGACCUUUGUGCUGGACACCAACACAGGCUCCUUCCUGCACACCAUGGAGGGCCCCAGCUUCCGGGCCUCCCAACGCAUCUAUGCCCACCGCACGCUGCCCCAUGUCCUGGCCUUCAGGGUGUGCGUUGCACGUGUGGCGGCGGAUAGUAGGCCCAUCAGGGUACUGCUGUGGUCAGCCUUCUCCCCAGAAAGCCCAGACCUGGACCUGCACCUGGGCCCUGACUUCCUAGGUUUCAGGUACCUAUAUGGCCACACACUCACCCCAGAGCAGCCAGGGGUCCCCCAGAAGGAGGUACACAUGCUGUGGACACCAGUGCCCCCAGCCCUGAGCCUUGGCGAAGGUGAAGAGAUCAGGACUUGGGACUUCCUGACUGUGGUGGGUGGCAGCCAGGAGGAAGCCCAGGCCUGCCUCACUGAGGCCCUAGAGCUGCAGGCUAGGGGCUCUCUGUAUGACACCCAUGCGCAUGCUUGGGCCCACUUCUGGACAGGCUGCAGCCUGGACGUGGCAGGGCCCCUGGCUCUGCGCGAGGCUCUCCGUAGCUCCCUUUACUACCUGUUCAGUGCCUUGCCCCAGCCUGGGACCUCAGGACCCGUCUGCCAUGGCCUCAGCCCUGGAGGUCUCUCCAACGGAAGCCAUGGAGAGUGCUACUGGGGCCACAUCUUCUGGGACCAGGACCUCUGGAUGUUCCCAAAUAUCCUGAUGUUUCACCCAGAGGCUGCCAGGGCCCUCCUGGAGUACCGUAUCCAAACAUUGGCUGGGGCCCUGGAGAAUGCCCGGGCCCUGAGCUACCAGGGAGCCAAGUUUGCCUGGGAGAGUGCAAACUCUGGCCUGGAGGUCUGCCCUGAGGACAUCUAUGGGGCCCAGGAGGUCCACAUCAAUGGGGCGGUGGUACUGGCUUUCCAGCUGUACUACUAUGCCACCCAGGACCUGCAGCUCUUCCAAGAAGCCGGUGGCUGGGAUGUGGUCAGUGCUGUGGCGGAGUUUUGGUGCAGCCGUGUGGAGUGGAAUGCCGAGGAGAAGAAAUUCCACCUGAGAGGAGUUAUGCCCCCUGACGAGUACCAUACAGGAGUCAACAAUUCCGUGUACACCAACGUCCUUGUCCAGAACAGCCUGCACUUUGCUGCUGCCCUGGCACAGGACCUGGGUCAGCCUAUCCCGGACCAGUGGUUGGUGGUGGCUGAUAAAAUCAAGGUGCCUUUUGACCCCAAACGGAAUUUCCACCCUGAGUUUGAUGGGUAUGAGCCUGGAGAGGAGGUGAAGCAGGCUGAUGUUGUGCUCCUGGGAUACCCUGUCCCCUUCCCUCUGAGUCCCGAUGUCCGAAGGAGAAACCUGGAGAUUUAUGAGGCUGUGACAUCCUCUCAGGGCCCUGCCAUGACAUGGAGCAUGUUUGCUGUGGGCUGGAUGGAGCUGAAGGACCCGUCGCGGGCACAGGGUCUUUUGGACAGGAGCAUCAUCAAUGUCACUGAGCCCUUCAAGGUAUGGACGGAGAAUGCAGACGGUUCCGGGGCUGUGAACUUCCUGACAGGGAUGGGAGGCUUCCUGCAGGCAGUGCUGUUUGGGUGUACAGGCUUCAGGAUUACCUGCACAGGUGUGACCUUUGAUCCUCUUUGCCUGACGGGCAUUUCCAGAGUGUGUGUUUCUGGCAUCUUCUACCAGGGGAACAGGCUCAACUUUAGUUUCUGCAAAGACUCAGUGACAGUCGAGGUCACAGCCCAGACAUGGCCCAGGGCUCCCCAGUUGGAGGCUGAGCUGUGGCCCUCACGAGCUCAGCUGCCCCUGCUCCUGGGGCACAAGGUCUCAUUUCCUUGCUCAGCUGGCCGGAUACAAAGAUCACCCCCAUCGCUGCCCUGAAGCUCUAGCCCUGAGUUCCCUAGAAGAGCAUUUUAAAGACAUUGGAUCCUGCUCCAGCCCCAGAGUCUAACCCUGAAGCUCAGUCCCCAAAAAAACCAGGGUACCAGCCUCAGAGGCAUCCUAGGCCUCUUCUGAAACCACUCCUCUAUGCCCCAUGCCAAUGCCUCCCCAAGGCUAAGCUCCUCCAGGUCUGGACCCACAUACCUUGCCUGUUUGCCCUUGCACUGACUGCAAUAACCCCAUCCUUUGGUUCCCUGUCUUGCUCCUUUAGCUAAAGCCUGAGCCCCUAGACCUACCUGUGGUCGCUGGUCUCUAGACUCUUCUGUCACAUGAAUGGCAGGGUGUGAGCCUGGGGAAGGGGGCACAGCCACCUGCAGAACCACCAAAGACUGGGUGUCAGGUGCUCUGGUGUGGAAGACCUGGCUGAAGAAUGAAUGGUUAAACUGCAGGGCAAAACCACACAGACUCUGAGAAGUGAAUCAUUAAACAAGUUUAGAUUAGUGAAGUAUGUUA